AAUGCCAAAUAUUUUUCAUCAAUAACCAUCAAUGCUCUGGAAGGAUGGCAGCGAAGGCGAGGAUUUUCGCUGGUUUCUUUCUUAUUUGCAUUAUCCUCCCUUCGCUGGCCUCAGCAUUUGUAGAUCAUCUUCCUGAAGUUCAACUAGCAAACGAGUCUGAUAAAAAUGAUGUGCCGAUCCAUGUUAAUAAUGUAGCUCAUGUGAGUGAAAAGGUGAAAAAACUUAAAAAGGCAUUAAAGAAAAAGGCAAAGGAACAACAUGAUCUGUGGGAAAAAAUUCUUGAUAAUGAGAUCACUGAAGAAAGCCAACCUGAAGAAGAGGCUGCACCUGUAACUCCAACGCCUGUGCCUGUCGAUCCAACACCUACACCUACACCUGUGCCUGUUGAUCCAACACCUACACCUAACCCUGUGCCAGUUAAUCAAACACCUACAAAUGUGCCUGAAGUAUAUCCGGGAGCAACUCAAACGCCUGUGACAAUAGGAUAUGGGGGCGCACCUCUAACACCUAGUCCAUCAGACCCACAAACAGCUGUGCCUGUACAGCCAGCUCCUCAACAGGACCAUCCAACACCAAAAGAAAUUAAAGAGCAUCGCAAACGUGCCGGAUUGGAAGUGGGAUUUUACGAUGAAACUUGCCCAAAUGCUGAGAAAAUUAUUAAGGCAGGCAUGGUAAGAGCUUUUGCGAAUGAUUCCAGCAUUGCUGCUCCAAUUCCCCGCCUUCUGUUGCAUGAUUGCUUCGUCAAUGGAUGUGAUGCGUCACUAUUCUUAGACCAGACACCAAGUGGUGCAAGGGUAGAGAAGCUCGCUAACUCCAAUGGUCCAACAGUUAGGGGAUUUGACCUCAUUGACGAGAUCAAGGUCGAGCUUGAGGCCGAAUGCCCUGGCAUAGUCUCAUGCGCUGAUCUUUUGGCAUAUUUGUCAAGGGAUGCCUUUGUUGUAUCAGGUGUCCCUCACUACGACGUUCCUGGUGGACGUCGUGAUGGAAUGGAAUCCCUUGAAGCAAAUGUUCUCGGCAACCUCCCACUUCCUGAUUUUACAGUGGAUACGAUGAUUGAACUGUUUAAAAAGAAAGGCCUGAAUGAAGAGGAUUUGGUAGUCCUAAUUGGUGCCCACUCCAUUGGAGUAGCCCAUUGUUUCAGCUUCCUUUACAGAUUGGAUACUCCGCAGAAGGCUGCUUUGGUAGAUACAAGGCUCGCUGGAGUUAUGAGAUUCACAUGUACAAACCCAAUGAGUACAAUAGCUUUUGAUACCACCACACAGUACAAGAUGGAUUCCAUUUACUACAAGCAGCUGGCGGGGAAGAGAGGAUUACUUGAAUCAGAUGUGCUUUUGAGUGAAGAUCCCAGAACAAAGGACUAUAUCCAGAAGUUUGGCGAAGAUGAAAUGGGCUGGUUCAAUAAGUUGGGCAAGGCCAUGAACAAGUUGGCUUCAAUACAAGUGCUCACAGGAGACCAGGGGCAGAUCAGGAAACAAUGCCGGGCUGUCAACUGAAAACUGGAUAUAAGUCUCUAACAUGCAUCAAAAUAUUGAAUUGGUUCUUCACUUCUUAUCUUCUCCACCCCCCCACCCCCCCCCCUCUCCCCCCCCCCCCCCUCUUAAUUUACCAAGUUUUACUUUGAAGCUCAUAGGACUAAUAUAACAUACAGAUGGAGCAUGAGAGGUGUAGGUUGCUCAUCUGCAACAAAUUAAACAUUAUGUACAAAGCAAAUUUUUGUCUGAAAUGAAAUCACAAUUUUGUA